GCGUUAAUCGGCCAAUACCACCCUACGGUCACUCCCUGCAUCCACUCAUCCACCCGAGUUCCCAGAAAAGUCAGGGGCCUCGAACUACGGCCGGAGACGAAGCCGCAUACGCCGCGGCCGGGGCCAAAAUCCCCCACGAUUCUCUCGCGGCAUUGCCCACAUGAAAACUGCGAUCCCCGCUAUAGCCUGGGCAAUCCUCAGCAUCUGUCCAACUUCACAAAUGUUCUAAGCAACUGCUAUCCCGACAAGCCGUCGCGCGGCAACAGUCAAUGAGUAUCGUGAGCGCCGGGGUACUUGAUGAGGUUUGGACACGAAGACGGGGAUUAUCAUGGAUUAUCUGUGAACGCAAGCUGCUUUGCAGCGAGUGAUGCGAUUGUAAGAACAUCGCUCGCCCUCAGCGACUUGACGCGAGAAGUGCGCGAAUCCCAGCCCGAGCUCAACGCGCUCGAGGCCGAGCUGCGCUCUCUCGACUGCGUCUUUGACCUGCUCAAGGUCAACUUGGGGUCGCUGUCGGCUCCCCUAGCAAAGCAGACCCCCGUUGUCCUUCACACCUGUCUCACCGUGAUUGAAGAACUUCACGGGUGCCUGCUCAUCAUUAACCGGCCCGGGUUGCCUCUGGCGGAGAAAAGGUCACGAUGGCUCGCCAGUCGCCGUCAGGUCGGGAGUUUGAGGUGGACACUUGGUAUAUACAAACUAGUGCUUGGUCUUACGGCAGAUUUGGCAACUGUAUCUCAAGAGCGAGACCCGCCAAUGGUGAGAGUUCCCGGGCGGCAAACCAAGCGCGGCGGCCCGACAGAAGAUGUCUCUGAACGGGAAGUAGUAGUGGCCCGGAUUAUUGAGCUCAGCAGUGGCCUUCACAAGAGUCUGCAACAAAAUGUAGCGCUUGCGAAACUCAAACAUUACCUCGACAGCUUGCAUGCCGAGGCAGUCGCCAGCACUUACGACCACCCGGAGGCCCAAGCACUAGGUCACCCCCGAGAUGGCCGCUCAUCAUUGAACGAGACCCCCGAUAGCGCCAUCGACAUGAGUUACGACGAGGCGUGUUCGCCAAGAGGAAAACACACAGACCCGAGCCCGCCGGUGGGUGUUGCACUCAGCCCUUUGAAGGAGGCAGCGGACGAGUUCGACGGCGAACUCAACGAAAUGCCAAUCCAAACACCGCCGGUUCCUCCAAGGUCCGCCUCACGGUUCAGUCCUACGAGCACACGACCAAGCUGGUCCGAUCGAUACUCUUCCAGCACAGAUAGGACAUAUGAUUCUAAUUAUUCGAUGAGCUCUCGUCCCCCAACCGUUUCCCCGACCACACGCGGUCAGCGCCGUCCUUUUCAGGAGGGCUACUUUAUCCCCGUGACCCAGCUCGCUACCGAAGCUCGGGAUUCCUAUUCUGCAUCCGACUCGAGCAGCGAAUAUCAAAGAGGCAGUGGUUUCGGCCCGGUACUGUCCUCAGUGUGGGAGAGUUCCCAUGAAGACCUGUCGUCGCCAAUGCGUCCAACAAGCGGCUCGCAGUUCGAGAACCGGAAGCAUGAAAAUAUGGACGAUGGACGCGCCUUCCAAUUACAGCGGAGCAGCUCUAGGUUCUCAAAGGCACUUAGAACUCUCGGUCUCAAGCGCGCAUCCUCUGAGCUCGAAAUCGGGCAUCCGAAGACUGAAUCUGAGGUUUUCGGUGUAACCAUUACGCAGAGCAUGAAGGUGGCAAAGGGCGUCGCCGGUGUCAGGCACGCCGGCAGUGGCAAUUCCUCCCACACGACCCGAGCCUACCCCCUUUGCGUUCUCCGGUGCACCUAUCACAUCCGCGACUGCGGCCUGGGAACCCCCCAUCUCUUUGGCAUACAAGGCGACCAGCAACGUGUAGCGCAGCUCAAGGAGAUCUUCAGCUCGCCCGAGACCAGCUACGGGAAAGAACUGAACUGGUCUCACUUCAGCGUUCAUGACGCCGCAGAUUUGAUUCUGCUAUUCCUCUCGGAGCUCCCCAAGCCUCUCGUCUCCGGGUCCAUUGGCAAGCGCUGGAUAGCGCUCUCCCGGCAAGCUACGGUCCGUGGCUCGCUCGCCAUCCGCUUGGACCAGGGCAUCGACUUCUGGGAGGAGGCUUUGCUGGGCAUCCACGGCCGUGACCGUGAUCUUCUCAAGCUGCUGCUCAACGUAUGGGCUGACGUCACCGAGGCGGCUGAGCUGAACGACAUGACGGCUGAACGCCUGGCCAGUCGUGUCAUCAACGCGCUGAUGCAUCUCACGGCGACGCAGCGCAAUCAGACCGACUUUGUGCUUGGCCUGGCUUUUAUCAUACGCAGACGCUCGGAGGACAACAUAGCUGCGAAGGGCGUAAGGCCGGGUCCGGGGAGUAAUGGUUUUGUUUAGAUUCGUUUUUCAGGGAGUUGGGCGCAUUGGAAGGAGUACGACUGUCCGAUGUUCCAGUCAAGUACCGUCGUUACUGGGAAAUUGGAACUAAUAGUAAGGUAUUGUUUGCUGGUAUUGAGUUGCAAGUUCAUUUCCAUAAUGCUUUCUGAGGAAAUGAUACCAGGAAGUUUUGGGCGGUAGAAGGUCUCUCACUUUCGGUUGCCCUAUGCAAGCGGGGAUCAACAAU